AUGACUUCAACUGCAACUUUAGUCAAUUUACAUUGCAACAAAAACGGUACACCUGAUCUUAGUUUGAAACUUACAGCAACUGGGUUUGAAUCUUCUCAAUCUGUUGCUAAAAGAAACUUGGAACCAAUUGAAUCCAUUUGUGAACAGGUAUCAAAUUUACUUGACAAAGUCAAAUCGAUUGAUCAUAAGCUUGAGGAUGUAUCUAAUGAAGUAGUUGACUACAUUAACAAUAAAUCAUUGAAAGAAAAGGACAAUAUUCGUGUUCUAGAAGAAAUAGUUCAACAAUUGAUUGAUAGAGUGGAUGAAGAUUAUUUCGAUUUUUAUGGUAAACUAAUCAAACAUGUUGUUUUGAAUAUUAAUCCAAAAAUAAGUUAUAAUGUGAGCAGAUCACUGUCAUGCAAAGAAGGAGGAAAAGGAGUGGCGGGAGAGGAAGAAUAUUGUAAAGGUGAUAGACUAUUCAAGAAAAUAUUAUUUGAGAGGUUGGAAAAAGAACUUGAAGAUGGCAUGAAUCUAGAUCCAAUCUUAUUAUCAAAUGAAUUUUGUAACAAUGAAGGUGGGGAUGGUGAAUGUAAUCAAGAGGAAUUGAUGAAAAAUAAAAGGUUCCUAUAUUUGUUGAGCAAGGAAAAAAAUCAUUAUAUUGGACUUGUUUAUAUGAUGUGUGAAUCUUUGAAAUUAAAUAUUAAUGGUGGGGAAAUGGUUGAGUAUAAUUGGUCAAGAGACUCCAAAAUUAGAGCUAAAUUAUUGAAAUCUAAACGUGCUAGAAUAAUCAAUUUCAGGGAAUUCAGAAAUAUUAAAAAAGUUGGUAAAGGCUAG